CCUCCCUCUCUUGGGGUGCAGUACUACAAUGCCGCUGGAGUCUCUCAAACCCUCAGAACUGGGCCUCUACUUCAGUCAAUCCUGAUUUUUAAUUCUGCUGUCCUAUUUUUUUCGCAAACAAAGAGUAACUCCCGAAAAAUCGAUUAAUCGGGAGCUGACUAAUCGAGUGAAAAUCUCGAUUUUUCUCGUUUCUCGUCUGCCUGUCGUGUGAACAUGGCGGCUACCACUGCAGGAAAAGCAUUUUCUGCCCUCGGAGCCGUCUUCCAGCCGAGAAUUAACCCCAGGUACACUCAAUUAUUGUGUCCAUUGGUACAAGUACGUGAAUAUGCGGCACGUAAAGGCACCAGAGAGAAAAGGGAUAAAUUGAAGAAGAAGAAGAAAGUUGCGGUGCAAAAAAUUGGGUGGAUUCAGCCUAAUUUACGCGUCAAAAAAUCAGAGAUUUUAUCCUUGAAUCUGUUGAAACGAGAUGACAGUGCGAAGAAAACAACAACAGAUGACGUAUGGCUGCAGAAAUACCACCAAUUGAAAAUUUUCUCAUUCGAGGAGGCACUGCAGUGUCACAGGGAAACUCAUCAUCCAACGUCUUAUAAUUUGCCAAAUGCUUUUGUCAAUGCAUUCAUUGAACUCGAUAUGACUGGAGUUACCGAUCAGAAAACAGUUGAGCCAUUUUCACGUACAGUGGACAUUCCUCGUCCUUUCGAUCAUGGGGAACAUCGAACAGUUGUAGCUUUUUCUAAGACUCCAGAAAUAUUGGAGCUAGCGGAUAAGGCUGGAGCCGUGUUAACUGGCAGUACUGAGCUCAUAGCUAAAAUUCAGUCAGGAGAAAUAGCUGUAGAUGAUUUCCACAGUUUUGUUGCUCAUCCUGAUAUCAUCACUGAGCUCUCUGUCAUCAGGGGAUUGUUGAAGAGAAAAUAUCCCAACCCUCGUGCAGGCACCCUGGGACUGCAUUUACCAGCGAUGAUCCGAAAAAUUCUUCAUGGUAUCAAAUACAGUGCCAUUUCUCACGAGAGGCAAAUCAAAUUCGCCACAAUAACCGUUCCUAUCGGCCGACUUCCAAUGGACCACAAAGACCUUGAAGAGAACUUCAAAGCGGUAAUUCAAGACGUCAAUAAAAUGAAACCCAAACGUGAUGGCCCAUUCAUAUGGAGAACGUGUCUAACGUGUGCGGCAUCGCCUGAAAAACUGAAAAUCAACUUUGAGCAAUACCUCGAGAAAUCAAAGAAGCCCGAUGACGAAAGUGAUGACUCAGACGAUGAGGAUGAGGCAUCGAUUCGCGUUUAGCUUAGUAAUCGCUUACAACAUCAAUAAAAACCAAACCAGCAAUAA